AUAAGACAACAUAUUAAAAUCACAUCCACCGCUUCGCUUUUUCUCCCAUUAGUCCAUUUUAGUUUACAUUAUCUACCACCCAAACCCUACACUUUGCAUCCUCUGCUCUUCCACCAUUACCCAUCCGUUUCCAUCACUCAUUUUCCCGAGAAACAAACACUCUUCUCUUAUUAUCUUGUAUCACUUCCCCAUUUUUGAAUAAACCCCAACACAGUCUCUUUUUAGCCUUCUCUAUCUUUUUUUUAAUCAAAUCUUGAUCUCCGUUUCUCUCUUUUAUUUUUUUUAAAUAUUUAGGUUUCUUAUAUUUUUCGAUUCGACGGUUAUUAUUAUUAUUUUUUUUGACUUCGGUUGGGAGGGAACGGUGAGAAAUGGCGGGAGGAAGUAGCCGUAGACAGGAGGGUUCUUUAGUGAUCAAUAAUACGAACGUUUUCGCGGCUCUUGAAACUCUCAGGAGGAAAAAGAAAUCUGAUAAGGACCGAGGUUCUUCGAAGAAAUCUUCUUCCAAGUCUCAGCAGCAGCCGGAACAAGAAGCCGAGCCGCAGGUCUUUUGGGCUCCGGCGCCGCUUACGGGCAAAUCGUGGGCCGAUGUUGAUGAUGACGAUGAUUAUUAUGCUACAACAGCUCCUCCUGAGCCUGAUUGGGGGUCCUCUGAGCCGUCUCACAGUCUUGAAGACAACAAUUCCCAUGUAGAGGAAAGUGAGAGCGAAGAAGAUAUUUUAGAGGGAGGUGAUGACGAUAUCGAGGAAGAUCAUGACCAUGAACCAGAGAGUCAAGUACAUCCUGAGCCCGUGCUAGAAAAGGCUCCUGAGGUUCCUCCACCACCCAAGGAGCCAGAAAGACAACUUUCAAAGAAAGAAAGGAAGAAAAAGGAACUUGCAGAGCUGGAGGCUCUUCUUGCUGAUUUUGGAGUUACACAGAAGGAGAGCAAUGGCCAGGAUGAGUCACACGAUGCUGUACAAGAGAAGAAAGACAGGGAGGGAGAAAAGAAGGAGAACCCUGUAGGAGAGUCUAAAAGUGCCAAGAAGAAGAAAAAGAAAGAUAAAACAAAGGAAGGAAAAGAAUCACAGGAUCAGCCUACUUGUGCAGAUGCCACCACCAAUGGACCAGAUGAAGUUGCUGGGACUGAGCAGACCGAGGAGGAUGCAUCUGCCGUUGAUGUGAAAGAGCGGCUAAAGAAGGUGGCGUCUAUGAAGAAGAAGAAAUCUAGUAAAGAGAUGGAUGCUGCCGCAAAAGCUGCCGCACAAGAAGCAGCUGCAAGGAGUGCAAGGCUAGCUGCAGCAAAGAAGAAAGAGAAGAACCAUUACAACCAACAGCCAGUGCGGUAAAAACAAAUCCCCGUUCUUAUAUAUAUAUAUAUUUGAGAUAUGAACAUGUAUUUUAUUGUUGUUCAUAUGACAAUAUGAAAUAAACAGUGGGCUUUGGUUCAGUGAAAAUGGUGACAUUUUAGUUGUAUUUGAAUGAACUAAAACGAAAAUUUUAAAUUGUUUUAGGGUUGUAGUUGCUUGCUAAGAAUUCUUCAUUAGGCAGCCGCUGACACUAAAACUUGUAUGUUUAUUACAUGUUUUUGGUGCUGUAGAUGAGACAAAAGGAAUGCUGGAUAUAUGUAAUUGUGGAUUGAGAACUUUAAAAAAAUGAUAUUAUGAAAGGUUGGAUUA